AUGGAGGGUCGACGUGGGAGCCGAUUUGGGCUUGAUUCAUUGCACCGGAGCAGUAUAGCUGUGGACAUCUCGGGGCCUGCGAGUUUCGAUACUUUGCUUCGGAGUCUUAGCCGCGACCAGCCCCUCUCCGGUGCCGUGGAAGAAGCAGAGAGAGCAGCGCGCCAUUUGCAUAAUUUCAGUGCCGACCAAGCGAUGGCCGUCUGGAAUGCUGGGAAUUACUUGGCGGAUGUCUCAAAUCCCCCAGAUGCGAAAAAGGCUGCCUCUAACCUUCUUGAAGCCGUAUCGGGCCGUCAAGAUCUACCUCUAUCUGCGCGCCAGACUUUGUUUCACUACCUUUCUCACCCCUCCACACCUGACCUCAUUCCUUCUCGAGUCAAAGCCCUCAUUGCGUUGACAGAUCAUGGUAGAAAAAUCGACUUUUCCGACAGCUCCGUUCUUCCAGCCGCUGUUUCCUGGGUCAUCCCCUUCUAUGAUACAAUUGCAUCUCUCCGAGCCAGAAAUAAAAAAUUAGGAAGACCUUAUAAUUCAUCGACAAUGGAAGAGGUCGCUUUUACCGAUUUGUUCCAACUAAUCAUCGAUAUACUGACCCUCCAACGCCAAAUACCUGAGACGGGUGAUAUACAGUCACUUCUUGAAGGUCUCUUUGUGGUUUGUAAGAGUACUCAUGUGACCGGCGACAUAAAGCAAGCCCUCGCUGUUUUUGACGCGAUUAUCUCAAGUUUAGAGAUUCCCACUUCAACAUUUAGCUCUCUACUAGAGGUUCUGUCCAACAUUCACGCGUCAAUUAAAUCUUUAGCGGGUCCAACAUCGCGAGUGGUCCGCAAUCUGGCCAAAUCCAGAAACCAACAAGAAAUGGUGGAGUUGCUGUAUGCUUUUCUUUUGGAGACUCCCGUGUCAAGCGAUAGAAACUUGAAUGUAACUCGGGGCGCUGUCGAUAUUUUCAGAGAUCUCGUCGCCGCAUACGGGCAAGAAGGGAUGCCUAGUCUUUCAUUUGACCUUCUAGUCAACUCACUACUGCAGGCAACGGGCAAAAAUGACGGCCGAAUCGAUACCGACAUUCUUGAAGUUUGCUUAAACAUGCUGCAGGGCGAUUACUUAGCUAUCGCACUUCAGCACAAUUGGAUGCAGUUUGUGGAGGUUAUUCUCACUUGCUCCAGACGAGUGAUUAAUCCCCGCCCUCAAUCUACAGACGCAGCGUCUCUUCCGAAAUCGAUUACAUCUGACGACAUAAAAUCCAACAUAUCUGCCCACGUCACUCGAAUUGCUACUUCAAUGGAGACUGCUUGGUCGAAUCUUGGCGAACACCAAAAACUGGAUGUUUUACAUUUUUAUAUGAGUGUUCAUAAGCACCUCACCCCUACUCAGUUGGAAUUGGCUUUGAAUUUCUUGAAUACUCAGGGCUUAUGUCAUGUCGAGUCCGCUGAUUGGGUUUCUAGGUGUUGGGAAUUGGUAUAUAACUUUAUUUUGUCCCAGGAGAAACCAAGUGAAAUCCGCAGUUUGGCACUGCUCGUCUUUGAAGAGUCCUACCAACAAAGUGGAGCUGCUCCUAUGUUCAAUGCAGAGGGUUUCACUGAUGCCCUGUGCCACAAAUUUGAAGAUGAGAGCUCUGCGAGUUUUCUUGAAAAAUUGGUGCCUUUCCUCGUUACUAUCGCCUUAGACUGUGAAUCUCAGACAUUCGCACGCCUAGUUGAAACCAUAAGCCUUUCUAUGCGAGCCGAUGAAAACAAGGAAGACCUUUCUCCAACCUCUGUAUCGUCACAUCCGGUAUCCCAGUCCAUCCCGUUUACCAACGUCCUCUCGCCGUCGCUGUCAAACAUCGCAUGUGUUGGCUUGGUUCGGAUCUUUCUAAGAGCUUUAGUUGAUCAUCCAUCCAUCAAUUUGUCUCUCGUUUUUGAAAAAUUAAUUGACAUUGCGCGAUCUCCCCAGCGACCAUCCGAUGCACGUUUAACAGCACUUAAAUUGCUGUUUGGAAUACGAUGCGACUCCGCCGGCUCAAUCCUUGUAUAUCAACCGAACGAUAGCAACUUCUUAAUUCCUGUAAUUUCGCGCACGAUUGAUGCAACAUCCCGGCCAAGUGUAGCGGAAGAAUUGCCAAAUGAUCGGAAAGCGACGAAUGACAGCCAAAGUAGCCGACUGUCUCUCAAAGACCCCCUGUCUGGACCUUUGGUUCCAGAAAGUAGCCGUGGAGCAAAUGAUACCCGCCUUUUGAAGUGGAACUCUCCCGUCUGGACGGGCGAUGAAGCAAAAGCUUUUCCCGAAAACACACCUUGCGCGCCUAGUACCCAUAUCUUUGCCUUUAGUGCUGAGCUGGAAAAUACAGAGGGUGACCAGCACCAGCGCACUGUUCUUCCAAUCAAUUUCUGGGUGGAAACAGUCAUUACCCUUCUUCAGAGGGAGAAAAACUGGGAUAUCUACAGUUAUGUCCUCACGCAUAUGGGCUCGCAGCUCAUGAAUAGGGAAUUAUUCCGGAACUCCAUUCUACAAAUAAAACUUCUUCGGAGUGUUUUGUGUGAACAGAUUAAAAACGAAACUUUCCAGGAACCUCUUGGCUGGACAGGCGUGAAGAAGGGUGAUAUUGCAGUAUGUAUAUUUGCAGCCCUGACAAAUCUAGUGAGCUUUCAUCAGCAUUUCGCAAAGAGUGAGCAGGAUGAGAUUGUGCGCACAUUAAUGCUUGGAAUCGGAUCCUGGGAAGCAACAUCCCGCGGCUGCAUCCAUGCACUAUCUGUCUGCUGCCACGAAAUUCCGAUGUCUGUGACAAAGUCUCUACACGGAAUACUCGACAAAAUGUCCAAGGUCAUGACUCGUACACACAUUGCAGUUCAUAUUCUGGAGUUCCUUGCUCUUCUUGCGCGGCUGCCAGAUGUGUACGUGAAUUUGCGAGAUGAAGAAAUCCGUACGAUAUUUGGUAUCUGUCUUAGAUAUAUUGAGUCUUCGAGAGAACAACGUUACAAGGCUAUAGAUCCCAUGGCGAAUCGCUCUACUUCUUUGCCAAUCCGACUCGGCAGUGGCUCAAAAGAAUACAGUGCCAAUCCAAGUACGAUUGCGGGCGAUACCAAAAUCUCAGACGACCUGUCAAGAUACGUUUAUCAUUUAACUUAUCAUGUCAUGGUUUUCUGGUUCCUCUCUCUCAAGAUUCAAGACAGGUCUAAUCAUAUUAGUUGGGUUACAAAACGCCUUGUGUUCACCGAUGAGUCAGGGAAAGAGGUUAUUGAAGAGCAAAGCCAAGUUUUCAUGGAUUUUAUGCAAAGAGUGACUUUUUCGGAUUUAGGAGAUACUAUACCAUUUGAACACUUCCCUCCAUCAGAGAGUGACGGCCCUGUUUCAAAGAAAACCUGGAUUGUCGGUAUGAGCAUUCUUACAGUUGAAACAGCAGGUGCAUCUGGUCUAAGCCAGGUAACAAAAAGGCAAGCCUCCGGCACAACAUAUGCGUCCUAUCAGCAGCGUACAGCCCCAGUUCUUCCUCAUCAAAUUCCAGUCAGCCCGUCACCCCACUCUAUCACGGAUGAGCAGCCUACGCGAAUCCUACCUUCUCAUAUUCUUAUCCAAUUGACUACCUCCGCAUUCCCGACUCCUGUAGUCACACAGCCCCUGCCUCUUCCAGAUGAUGACUUUACUCGUAGAGCCAUCAGCACGUUUGAUAGAAAUGACAUUGUUGACGGACACAAGAUUGGCGUGAUUUACGUAGGCGAAGGCCAAAUAGAGGAGAAGCAGAUUCUUGCCAAUACUAAAGGAAGUGCAGACUACGAAUUUUUCCUGAGUGGUUUGGGCACAAAAGUCUCCCUUGAGAACGCUAAAUUCAAUACUCAGGGGUUACGAUGGGGAGAUGAUGGUGAAUACACCUAUGCAUGGCGCGAUCGGGUCUCAGAAAUUGUCUACCAUGUUUCUACCAUGAUGCCUACAGACCUAGGAGCAGAUCCGCAAUGCGUGAAAAAGAAGAUGCAUAUCGGCAAUGACUUCGUCAACAUUAUCUUCAACCAUUCUAAUAAAGAUGUUGCUUUUGAUACCAUUCUCACGCAAUUUAACUUUGUUAACAUUGUGAUCGCACCUGCCUGUCGCGUCUCCCCUAUCGAAUCGCCUAUGGACUCAAUUGAAGACUUUUACCAGACGUUCUACACCGUCAAAGUUGCUAGCAAGCCGGGAUUCCCCGACCUUUCGUCUGCUGCAAUUCCAAAAGUCAUUUCUGGUCGGAAUCUGGCCUCAUUCGUCCGCCUUAUUGCGCUCAAUGCCUCUGCGUUUUCUCUGGUAUCUAGCCGCGGUGGGGAGCACGUAUCAUCAUGGCAAAACCGUCUCCGCGAAAUUCGUCGACUUCGUGAACGUGCCUAUGCUGCCUCCGUUGGGAGUUCAGAUGCCGCUGCCGAAGCCAUUUAUUAUCCACACAGACGAAAUACUAAGCCGGCGACCGUGCAGGCCGAGGAAUAUAUGCCGGCACAGGGCUUCAGAGCUAAUUUUGGAACAGCGAGAAAUCUCUACACUGAUAAUAAUGUUUUCCAAAACUUAGACUUCUCGCGCUGGAGCAACAAUCGUGGUUAA